UCGGUUAAUUUAAAAAAAUUAAAAGUGGAUUCUUCAAGCGAAUCGAUUUAUUCAGACGAAAGUGAUUUUGAAGAAGAUACUGAUUGUUUGUCUGAAGUAGCUGAUAUAUUUGACGAAAUUAUGGAUAAUGAAGAUUCUGAUAAUGAAAUUGCUGAUUCUCAAGAAAAUGUUCAAUUCCAACGUAUCAUCUGGCAACACCGUCUUCUCCCUUACCAGGCUGAAUUGGAGAAGGAAGCAGAUCACUAUUUUUCUAAUAUAAAAUCAGGAAUGGGUUAUUCUGUGUUGAUGAGGGAUGCAAGGCCUGGAUUGCUUAUUUGGGUGUAUGAAUUGGACAGAUUUAUCAAACUCCACUCCUUCCGCUUUACAAAAAUGGAUCAUGUAAAUAUGCUGAAUUUGCUUUACAAUGCGCUUAUUAUGAAGGAUUUGGAUUUCCGUGCUGUAAAAGUUUUGUGUUGUUCAAUAGGAAUGCUAUUAUCCCGUAAGUCAAUAAUUUCACGUGGAGAUGUUAGCUUUGACUGGCGUCCCCUCUAUGAUUUGUAUGUGCAAGUUGUUUACAAAAAUCUGGAAGAGGACGGAGUGUUUCUUAUUCCUGAAGAUUUGAAGAAAAUUUUGGGGUCAACAAUAGUUCAGUGCAAUCGAUUUUUUGGUGAUUCUGCUACACAGGAAAUUCUUGACGAGGUCCGACCCUAUUUUUGCCCGUGGGAUGACAGUUCAAUGAGAGGAUUAAAAAUAUUAUCAAUCUUUCUGCCUACAUGUCUAACAAAGGAAGAGAACGAUAGAUUUGGGGCAAAGUUGUGGAUAGAUGAACUUUUGUAUUUUUUGACAAGUCCGGGGACUUUGGAGCGUCUAAAUAUUUUGCUUUUGUUUGCGAGACUAACCAAGGACAGUCCUGGCUAUUUCGACUUUUCUCCUUAUUUCAAUGAAUUGUUCACUUUUUUGUUGUCAUCUCUUAAAAUUGAGAUUGGAGUGGAUAGAAUAGUUGCAGCAAAUAAUGGUUCUAAUGAAUUUUCGGCACUUGCACAAAUCUUCGCUUAUUCCUUUGGGAUGGCUGAAAACAAAAUUCAAGAAUGCUUUUCACAACUUUUUCUUUCUCUUGAAAGUUAUUUUCAUCCUUCAAACACUGGUCAACAUACAAAAAAUUUGUUGAGUUUUCUUCAUAAAUUGGUUCUAUCCUUCCUCAACAGGGUUUCUCGAGAGCGUUUUCAUUCAAAAAAAUUUGUGAAUCAGAUUCCUGAAAAUAUAAAAAUAACAGAUGUCCAGAUCGAGAAUUUUGUUAAAUCGAUUUUGCCCUGUUUGGAAUAUGCUGCUUUUGCGAAACAAAGUGAUGAUUCUGUACCGUCAAUUAUUCGGCUAUUAGCUUUUCUCUCUCCUGGAAUUAUUGUGCCUUUUGUUUUGGAUUUAGUCUACCCAUCACUACAAACCUUAACAGAGCCUCACCGAUUAACCCAAUCUCUUCAAAUCCUCUCACGUGUUUGUGUGGUUAUUGCACGUGAUCGUUUGCCAGAACCUGGCACAAAUGUUCAACGUUUGCCUGUCAAAAGUUUGGAGGAUUUUGAAGUUAAUAAAUCUUAUCGAAGACAUGCUAUAAUUUUGAUGAAUAAUUUGCUGCCUGGAUUGGAUAUUAAUGAUGCUGCAAAAUGUGGACUUGUAUUUCAGAUAUUAGCGAUUUUUAUGAUGUUAGUUCCAGUCGUGGAUUGUUCUCAAGCUCCACUUGAUUGUAAAGAUUUGACGCCCGAAGAAGAAGAAUUGUGUUCAGAAACGGCUUCUUUUGAAUUAUUUGUUGAAGAAUUAAUGAGGAAAAUUUAUUCAAUGAUUGUACUUCUUGGAAGUAGUGUUAGUGACAGACAAGAUUUGACAUCAACUAAAAGUGCUGGGAAAAAUAUGGAAGAAAUGGUGAUGGAAAAGGGUGUUCUACUUGUUUUCCGGUCGUUAGUGAGAAAUUGCAGCUCUGCUUUUUACAAUCACAUAACUGAACAAUUUUUCAAUUUUGUUAAUGAACACUUGUUUAAUUCAAAACCAGCAAUGGAUGCAAUUACAAAAAUGGCUGGGUCGAUAGUUGGAAACCACCCAGAAGUUCAAUUUCCUCGUUUUUUCAAUUUUGCAGUUAAAAAGUUUGAGGAGCAUUAUCACGCCGGUUCUGAGUUAGAAGAGGAAGUUGAUCGAGCUUUAAUUUGGUACAUAACUUUUGCUGCAGAACUUGUCCGCAAUUCUCCUGGGCAUAUAAUUAUGGAAAAUAAAAGUCUAAUUGAUUCGUUUAUUGGGAAAAUUUUAAAGUUUAAAUCUCCAAAUAUUUUUAAGUUGGUAGCAGUCUUUGCUCAAAAUGUUUUGCAUUGUAUAUGUUCAACUUAUCCCAUUCCAAGUUGUUUGAGAACUCGUUAUGAGCAAUCCUUCGAUAAAUUUCUUCCAUUAAGGCAUUGGGCUGAACCAGUAAAUAAAGAUGACUGGAACUUAAAUUGGCACAUCCCAUCAGAUGAAGAAGUUGAAUAUGCUACAAAAUUGGUUGAUCAAUUUUUAACAAAACCAUUGCAACAACUUUUGGCUAAUUUUAAAGACACAACAGACAAAGAAAUAUUGAAAAUUCUAAAAAUUGCUCAUCAUGCUCUAGUUGCUUGUGCUGAUUUGUUGCCCUUUUUUGAUGGUCAAGUAUUACACCUUAUUCCGAUGGCUGUUCCAAAUGUUGAAUUGGAUGUUGUUACUGUUCCUCCAAAUGUUAAAAAAAUCACGGCUGCCAAUGGAAGCAAUUAUCGAACAUUUCUAUUCAAAAUUGUUAAACAAAUUGGAGAAAAGUUGUUAAAUGAAAGAGAAAAUGAUACAAAAUCUUCUAUAGAGAUUAUACACAUAAUUCGAACUUUAACACAUGAACGAGGAUCUAAUUCGACUAGCCAUCAAUACCAGGCUUCUUCAUUUCAAAUGACCAAAAAAUUAUUAAAUGAUCCAUUACGCGGUUUUCCUCAAACAAUUGAAUCAAUUUUGGAAGGAAGUAUUUCUUUGAUGCAUACGAAAAGAUUAGUGCAUAGACCUCUCGUUGGUUUAACUUCAACACACUUGGAAGCUCUUCAAUUGGCAUUUCGCUUUUCAACAUCAACAUAUGCUCUAGUCCGGCAAACAGCUCAAAAGGUGCUUGAUGGUUCAUUUACAUGGUGGUCCUAUUCCUACAAAUUAUUUGUUGAUAAUUUGGUUCAAUUGCUUGAGAAUAAAGAGAAUACUACAAAUUAUGAACAAUUUAAGGGUGCUUUGUAUGUUCUUGCAAAUGGAAAACAAGCUUCUAUUCUUACUAGACAAGAUUGGGAAGUUAUAGAAAAGAUUUGGCCAGCUCUAUGUUUAGCAGAAUCACCUGAUCCAAGUAAACAAUCGAUUAUUGCUCUCUUCGAUUAUGUGCAAGAUAUGAUUAUUAGCAACCAUACAUCUUUUCAAAUUGAAUUUAAGUUCUCUGACAAUAUUUUCAAAUUUGCCGAGGCUUUACUUGAAGAUUAUGAGGGGAAUAUCCACAAAGCUUUACCAUUGAUAUCUAAAGAAUUAAUACAAGGAUCUAACAAAAGAGAAGCAGAAAUAAAUGCUAAAAAUAAAAGAACAUAUAAUAAUAUAGCUUCAAGUCUAUGCCAAAUAUGUUGCAACAAAGCUUUACAUUGGCGUCAUGUUGAUUUUGCUCAAACUCUUCUAAGUCUUUUAUUACGUCGAGAUACAACGUUACAAUCUGAUAUUAUUCUCCAUUUCUUCCAAUUAUUAAUAUCUGAUUCGAUAAAAACAAGAAAAUUAGCAACUAGUUUUUGCGCUUCUUGGUUCAAAAUAAAUAGACAUAAGGCAAAGAAGAUUGUUAAAAAUAUUAAUUUGAAGGAAGGAGGAGAAAAUAAUGGAGUUGGGGCUAAUUUUCUCCUUUAUGAUGCUGAUAAGUUACCUUCUGGUAAAAAAGAAUGGGAUAAUUCUGAAUUCCAUCAUAAACCUCACUGGGGCUUUUAUACAUGGCCUAAAGAAUUCAAAGUCUAUGCCUCUCCAUUAAAUCAAGACUGGUCAAAUCGUGAAUAUUCUCAAUUUAGUCAACUUGAGCAAUCAAUAAUUGGAAUAUUUAAAGAUACUGAAUUUUUGAAUAAAUUUGCUAGUCUUUAUUCAUUAGAGGAUGAGAAAGACGAUAAGGAAUUUGAUGCUGUUCAUUUCUCCUUGUUUAAUCGUAUUUUCCGAACAUUCAAUGAUAAUUUGUUGGACAAUUUUAUUGCUAUUUUGGAUCCUCUUCUUGUAGAUAAUAAGGAGAGUUGUCAAAGAUUAGCAGCUGAAAUAACUGCUGGAAUGAUUUGUGGCUCCAAAUUAUGGAAAUUUGAAAAACGUGAAAAAGUGUUAAAAUUGUUGAUACCCAGAUUGGAAACAACAUUGUUGGAAGUGCCUCAAGAAAAUGAAAAAUAUUGGGGAACAUGUAUUGCAACAAUUUGUGGUAGUUGUGAACCUCGUCAAAUUGGAUGGUUGAUUGAAUUACUUUUCCAAUUAAUUAAUAAACCAACAGAUAUUAGUAGUCAAAUUAAAACAAGAAUUUAUCUUCUCCAAUCUGCUUUAAACGAAUUUGAAUGGCUUAUACCUUUUGAGUGGAAACGUUUAGCUAAUUAUUGUAUUAAAUUAACUGAUAACACAUUCCAAAAUGUUCGUCAACGUGCUGGAAGUUGUCUAGCGACUUGUGCAUUUUUCUAUCAUAAAGAUGCUUUUUAUUAUCCUGAACUUGAGGAGAAAUUUAAAUAUUUGAAAAUUAGUCAAGUUAUUGAUGAAAUUAAUGUUAAGCUUGAACCUCUGUGGAAUGAAGCAAUAAAUUCAAUUCAAUCACAAAAUAACAAAAACAAUGAUUCUUCAAUAAAACAUGUUGAUUCGACCUCUGUAUUGUUAAAUGGAAAAGAUGAAUUUAAAAAAGAAAAGCUUCACUUUUUAACACUAAUUUCCUUCCUUUAUUCUCUCAAAUCAAUGUAUGGAACACAUUUGGAUACUAGUUCAAUGAAGCUAUUGCCUUUAUUUACACAUUAUGCGAAUGAUAAAACAGAUGAAGAACUCCAAGCAAGUUGUAUUACACAUAUUGUACAAAAUAUGGGCCUUUCUAUUAUUUCCAAUGAUCAAAUAAAUGUAUUAUUUGAAGUAUGCCAGACCAUACAAGAGAAAGGGUCGUGGAAAGCAAAAAUAACGCUUCUCAGAUUUUUACAAGUCUUUGUAUUCACCAAUCUUUUCAUUCUACGGGCUAAAAAUGGAACUUUUGAUUUUUUACAAUCGUUACUUCUCAAACUUUUGGUUGAUGUUCGCUUUGAAGUUCGUGAAGCGAGUGCGGAAACUUUGAGUGGAUUGGUUCGAGCUGGAAUAAUUUCUGUUGAUGAACAACUUGUUAAGAGUGCAGAAACCCUCGCGUCUUCACCCAAGCAGUCAAUUGAAAGACACAGCGGAGUACUAGCUUUAGCUUCUAUUGUUUUGGCUUUUCCCUAUUCUGUCCCUUCUUUUCUGCCAAAAGUGUUGAUGCAUUUGUGCAAACAUGCAACUGAGCCUCAGCCAAUUUAUGGAACUGUGAAACGGGCACUUUCCGAGUUUAAGCGCACCCAUCAAGACGAGUGGCACGAGCACAAGCUCGAAUUUACAGAAGAUCAGCUACAAAUACUCACUGAUCUAAUUGUUUCCCCAACUUAUUAUGUUUAA